GCGCCGCCCGAGGCUGGCUGAGGAGUCGGCGGCCAUUUUGUUCUUCUCGUGGUUCCAGUAGGGGAGAGAAGGGGGAAGAGCAAGGAGUGAGGCGGUUGGGGGGACCCGCCGCGGCUGCUGCCACCGCCGCCACCACCCGCCUCUGCUCGUGGCGUGAGAAGAAGGGGUGUGAGUCCUAGGCGCGAGCCAGCGGCGGUGCCGCUGCGGGAGGGUCGGCGGUGGGGAGGCGAUGGCGGAUAUAGAUAAACUCAACAUCGACAGCAUUAUCCAACGGCUGCUGGAAGUGAGAGGGUCCAAGCCAGGUAAGAAUGUCCAGCUACAGGAGAAUGAAAUCAGAGGACUGUGCUUGAAGUCUCGUGAGAUCUUUCUCAGUCAGCCUAUCCUACUAGAACUUGAAGCACCACUCAAAAUAUGUGGUGAUAUCCAUGGACAAUACUAUGAUUUGCUUCGUCUUUUUGAAUAUGGUGGUUUCCCACCAGAAAGCAACUAUCUGUUUCUUGGGGACUAUGUGGACAGGGGGAAGCAGUCAUUGGAGACUAUCUGCCUUUUACUGGCCUACAAAAUCAAAUAUCCAGAGAAUUUUUUUCUCCUCAGAGGGAACCAUGAAUGUGCCAGCAUCAAUAGAAUUUAUGGAUUUUAUGAUGAAUGUAAAAGAAGAUACAACAUUAAACUAUGGAAAACUUUCACAGACUGUUUUAACUGUUUACCAAUAGCAGCCAUCGUGGAUGAGAAAAUAUUCUGCUGUCAUGGAGGUUUAUCACCAGAUCUUCAAUCUAUGGAGCAGAUUCGACGAAUUAUGCGACCAACUGAUGUACCAGAUCAAGGUCUUCUUUGUGAUCUUUUGUGGUCUGACCCCGAUAAAGAUGUCUUAGGCUGGGGUGAAAAUGACAGAGGAGUGUCCUUCACAUUUGGUGCAGAAGUGGUUGCAAAAUUUCUCCAUAAGCAUGAUUUGGAUCUUAUAUGUAGAGCCCAUCAGGUGGUUGAAGACGGAUAUGAAUUUUUUGCAAAGAGGCAGUUGGUCACUCUGUUUUCUGCACCCAAUUAUUGUGGAGAGUUUGACAAUGCAGGUGCCAUGAUGAGUGUGGAUGAAACAUUAAUGUGCUCCUUUCAGAUUUUAAAACCUGCAGAGAAAAAGAAGCCGAAUGCCACAAGACCUGUAACACCUCCAAGGGUUGGACCAGGCCUGAACCCGUCCAUUCAGAAAGCUUCAAAUUAUAGAAACAGUACUGUUCUGUAUGAGUGACCGAUUAUGCUUUCUUUAUUCUGCGGUGAAGUUGAGGCUUAUAAGUCAAAACAAAGGAAAUAACUUGCUGUCCACCAGUUUAUACAGAAUUCACAGUAUCUAUGACUUUUUUAAACUAAGAUCUGUUAAAAAAAAAAAAAGAAAGAAAGAAAUCUGUUUCAACAGAUGACCGUGAACAAUACCAUGUGGUGAAAAAGAAUUCAGACUUAUUAAAUGACAAACUUGUUAAAUCUUCUCAGUGUCUAUUUAUCAGCACAAUACACACAGGAAAACUGUUGAUGGUAUAUUGAACAGAUUUUAAUGAAUAAAUUGCUCUGGAAACCACA